CGAGCUCGCCCACCGCCCGGAGCAGCGGCCGAGUCAUGCAUGUGAACGGCAAAGUGGCGCUGGUGACCGGCGCGGCGCAGGGCAUCGGCAGGGCCUUUGCGGAGGCGCUCCUGCACAAGGGCGCCAAGGUAGCGCUGGUCGACUGGAACCUUGAAGCAGGUGUAAAGUGUAAAGCUGCCCUGGAUGAGCAGUUUGAACCGCAGAAGACUCUGUUCAUCCAGUGCGAUGUGGCUGACCAGGAACAAUUGAGAGAUACUUUCAGAAAAGUUGUAGACCACUUUGGAAGAUUGGACAUUUUGGUCAAUAACGCUGGAGUGAAUAAUGAGAAAAACUGGGAAAAAACUGUGCAAAUUAAUUUGGUUUCUGUUAUCAGUGGAACAUAUCUUGGCUUGGAUUACAUGAGUAAGCAAAAUGGAGGUGAAGGCGGCAUCAUUAUCAAUAUGUCAUCUUUAGCAGGAAGCCUGCAAGGCUCCAGGGCUGGAUCAAUUUAGGGCUCUGUGGGAGACAUUCUAUACCAUAAGGGGAGGCUUGCCUGCAUCAAAGUAAGUAUGAAUAGCAAAAUGCAAUGUAGCACUGUCUUUUAUCCAAUAAAGACAUUUAAAUGUGUUAACACUUCACAUUCAUUGAGCACUUGCUGUGUAUGUGAUACUGUUUUAAACACUGCGUGAGCAUUACCUCACUGAAUACAACAGACGUGAAGUAGAUUCCGUAAUCCCCAUUUAGUAGAUGAGGAAAUCAAGGUAGGAGAAUUUAAGGAUCUUGCACAAGUGUAUAAGGCAAGGAAGCAGGGAAGCUGGAAUUCACAUGCAAGCAACCUGCUAUAAGACCUCUUCUUUUUUAACCACUAGAUUAUCUAUCUCUUCUCUCUGGGAGUUUGUUAAUUUGUCUCUCCAUCCACCGCCAUUUUGGCCUCACUGUGAAGUAAAAGAAACAGAAUUCCUGUAACUUGAUUAAGCCACGGAAACUUCUUGAGGCCUGGGCACUGCUCUAAUCUAAAGACGACAAGACUAAACCCCAGUGAUAUCUUAAGCUUUUGCCCAUUUGACACACAUGGUAAAGCCCUGAAAACGUUUGAGGAGCUUACCAAAGUCGCAAGUCAAAACACGUCACUGAGAAGAACAAUUUAAGGAUUAUAAUUAGACGUCCACUUGGCUCUCUUGUCUAAGAGCUUGCUCUAUCACACUACCCACCCCAGGGUAUUCUUUCUCUCCUUCCCUAUUUCAGGGUCAACAUUUGGAACCGUGUGUGGGUCUUUCUCUAAUUAUGCAGAUAAGACAGUGAUUAGAUACCAAAAUCAGUGAUAAGAUCAUUUGGGUUUUAAAUUGCCUUUUUGGCACUCUUAUAAUUUGAAGACUAUCCUAACCUUCCUAACUGCAUCUCUGCCUAAUAUUCCUCCCAGCCAGCAGGGUAACUCUAUUUAUAAUGGUUAAGUAGUGUAUCUUUGUCCAUUCUGUAUGACUUGGUGCCUCCAUCCUUGUGAAGAAAGGUUCAUAACGCCUGACCACCAUACCUGUUGCCUUUCUACUAUUUGUCGCUGGCCAGUCUGGACAGGCCCUGCCACCUCUCCUCCCACCCGGGCGUUGUCAUUAAGGUACUUUCAUCUGACAAACAGUAUUAAGAUGUACGAUCUUGUAUUUUGUCCACUCACCAAGCGCUUCUAUUCUUCCCAUAAUAAGAUGAGCUCGAUAAACAUUCAGGAUUUUGUAAUGGUAGAAAAACAGAACCUCUCGGGUGUCACACUUUCCUCAGAAAUGUGAUAAAAAAUUGUCUACCCUUGAAGUCACAGCAUGAUGGGAGAGGCCAGAUGACCAAAAGAGUCUGUGAGGAGUUACCAGAGUCAAAGUAAUUUUUUUUUCCAGUUUUAUUGAGGUAUAGUACACAAAAUUUAGAAAAAAGCAUUUCUAACGCUUGCUUCCUCUGUGUUUUCCAAAAGUGCUUUCCGAGCUUUCUCUCCUCACAGAUUUUUCCUCUUUUGCCCCUUACUGCUCAGUCUAUGAAGGGAAUAGCUUUGGGUCCUGUUGAACUCAACCAGUCUUUCCUCACGGUCUCUUACAUAGAUUCAGUGGAGUCCUUCACUGUCAGUAAAACCUUAAGUUGAAACACUGGUUUGGGCAGAGAAGUUAAUGAGUAAUGACCACUGACGCAGCCCAAGUAUCAAAUGCAAUUAAUUAGUUUAACAAACAGGAGUAAAGCGGAGAGUGAUCCCUCAGCGUACUGAGGGAAGGGUGUGCUCCAUCUGGAAGCUCCAGAAGCUGUUCUGAUCACUAUUAACCACAUAGACUCUUCCGUAGGAGUUUUUGUCUAUAAACGUAAUAUAUAGAGCUGAGCUCAUUUUGCCACAUUCAUCAUUAACUAUUAAAAAAAUUUUUUGAGAAGAACAGGGUGACGUCUGGUGUCAUGCAGGUAAUUAACCAGCUGUGCUCUGAGCCUAGGACAUCCUGUAAGAGUCAAGUUUGCCUCUUACAUAGGUAGUUGCUUCAAACAGAGGGAAGGACAAAGCAGUUGUCAGAGGAAGAGCAGUCCCCUUGCUAAUCCUGCUUCCACCCGCCUGCAUACUCAGCUGCUGAGGUCUUUCACUGGGGGCAUUCUCUGUGCCUCUGACAGUCACUCAGUAGCAUUUUGUGAGAGAUCCUAUUCGGGUUUUGUUUUUUUUUUUUUUUUGCGAAGAUUGAAAACAAUAAAUAAGAAAACUUAUUUUCUGAAAACAUUUAGAGUCUCAAGGAAAUACGUGAGCAUGUCUUAAAUACCAGCCCAGUAACAUACUUAUUUGAGGCAUACGUUUCAUCUAAAGGAGUGUAAUUAGCUUGCCAUUUGCGUUAAGGUGGAUGUGCCAAAGUUACCACUUGAAGUAACAAAUUCAACUUAAUCAUACAUACCUUGGGCAUGUACAGAGAGGCAAAUAGGGAUGUGAAAGUAACGAGGCAAAAUUUCUGCCUGAAGAGCCGCAUCUCGGUAUCUCUAAUCAACAUGGCAGAAGUCAAUAGAAUGGCAUAGACUUUUUAAGCAGAAACGUGAUAUCGAAUUGCAAGGCGCUGGGAUUCCCAUGGCCUGAAGAGUGGUAGUUGGACUGGAAUGUCGCAACAGACCAGAAAUAUUGGGUGACUUAGACUACUGAUCACCUUCUUUCAUCUCCAAGCCAACAGUAAAAAAAAUCAGGUGGUACCACCCUCUGCAGUAUUUUUUUUUUUUCUUGAAUAAGUGUUUAUUUAUUUUGAGAGACAGGCAUAUAUAGAAUGAGCAGGGGAGGGGCAGAGAGAGAGGCAGAGAGAGAGAAUCCCAGGCAGGCUCCCUGCUGCCAGUGCAGAGCUUGACGCAGCCUUGAACUCACAAACCAGAAGAUCAUGACCAGAGCUGAAACCAGGAAUCGGACACUUGGCCAACGGGGCCAUCCAGGCACCCCAGAACUAAUAAAGUUGAUUCUUAACAAACAAAAUUACCUUUCCGGAAAGAUUUUCAUUACAGAAGGUGCGGUAGUUUUAUGAAUGCUUACAGCACUUUUGAUGUCCUGUCACACUUGCAAACGUGACUUGUUAAUGGCGCACAUGAUACUGAUGGAAAAAAGCGCAUCAGAUAAGGUGUUCUGUUAUGUGGAAGAUCGCAUAUAAUGAGGAGGUGCACCGACUACUUGGGUCAGCCGUCUCCACCAACAUAGAUAAACAGAUUCUCAUCACUUCUUCCUUCUCCCUCCUCUUAGAAGAGCGAUGGUUGAAAACGGAAAGAUGGGUAGAUGUUUUCUUUUUUGAUCGUAAAGAAAACGUGAGGGGUUCAGACUCCUGCUUUUUUGGCUGAGCUGCUGAGCUACAGUUUCGCAUGCGAGGAUUGGUGUCCUUGGAUUCUCAGUUUGUUUUCCUAAGUGGAAUUUCUUCAGCACUUCUGUGUAAUCUAUUUGACAUGGCUUCUGUCCCUUUGAAAGGAAGUAUGUUUGGUGAUUCAGUACAAUUGCCUUGUCUGAGCAGAUUUGCAGUUUUUUACCUUCUAUGAGAUGUAAAGGUUACAGCUAUCUGUUGUAAAUAUGGGCAGAAAGAAUAUUAAAGAUAGAAGAACUGAUGUGGAAGUGGAAAAUGUA